GAUUGAACCCUCUCCAGAGUCUAUUCGAUCUCGCAUUCCUUUCCCUUUUUCUCACAAUGAAGCGCAAGACUGAUGGAAGAGAAUCCCUCGGCGGUAAAGACCAGCCCGAGUCCAAGAAGCGCGCUUUGUCGAGCGAAGAAGCCGCUGCGCGCUUCCGUGACGGCUUGUUCGAGCCGUCGGUCCUGAAGGACUAUACCGAGCAAUAUGCCCAGUCUGCUCCGUACAAGCAUGGUGUCAUUCACCCCCUCAUCGAGCCCUCCCUCUUGCGCGCCGUCCGCGACGAAAUCCAGGCCCAGGUGCAGUUCACCGAGAAGGAAACCGACAUCUACAAAAUCUUCCAAUCCGGCGACCUGGCCAACCUGGACGGUCUCGACGAUGCCUCUCUUGCGAAAUUGCCCUCCAUCCUCAAGCUGCGCGACGCCAUGUACUCUGCCCGCUUCCGUGAAUUCCUCUCGAAGGUCACCGGCUCUGGCAAGCUGAGCGGACAAAAAACCGACAUGGCCAUCAACGUCUACAACGAGGGCUGCCACUUGCUCUGCCACGACGAUGUCAUCGGAAGCAGACGUCUGUCCUACAUUCUCUACCUCACCGACCCCGACCAACCCUGGCAGGCCGAAUGGGGUGGCGCACUGCGUCUGUACCCCACGACGACCAACAAGGAUGCCAACGGCGACGACGUCCUGAUCCCCAGCCCCGACUACUCCCUAAGCAUCCCUCCCGCCUUUAACCAGCUCAGCUUCUUCACCGUCCAGCCUGGAGAGAGUUUCCACGACGUCGAAGAAGUCUACCACCCGAAAGACAACGAAGACAAGUCCAAGAAGCGCGUGCGCAUGGCCAUCAGCGGCUGGUUCCACAUCCCACAGGAAGGCGAAGAUGGCUACGAAGCCGGUCUGGAAGAGAAGCUCGCUGAGCGCAGUAGUCUGGCCCAGCUCCAGGGCCGCGGCGACAUCUACGACCUUCCCCAGCCCAAGACCGUCGACUGCGAGAACGAGGACGAGCAACAACCCGAGGAAGGAGGUAAAGGCAAGGGCAAGGCAAAGGUGGAAGAGGAGCCCACGCCCGAAUUCACAGAAUCCGACCUCGCCUUCCUGAUCCAAUACAUCGCCCCAUCCUACCUCACCCCCGACAUCGCCGAGGAAAUGUCCGAGACCUUCUCCAACGAGUCGUGUCUCAGUCUGGAACGAUUCCUUUCGGAGAAGUUUGCGACUCGUGUUCGGACCUACAUUGAAGAGCAGGAGAAGAAGGGCCUGCCCAGUUCCUCCGACGAGAUUCUCGCCGAGACCGGAUGGACGGUCGCCCGUCCUCCCCACAAGCAGCGCUACCUGUUCCAGCAACAUGGCACCGCGACCCAGGACCAGAAAUCUCCGAUUCAGGAACUCCUCGACGACCUUUUCCCUUCCCGGGCAUUCCGCAAGUGGCUCGCGCUUAUCACCGGUGCGGACCGUAUUACCAGCUACGACUACCUGGCGCGUCGCUUCCGCAGAGGCCAGGAUUACACCCUGGCCAGUGGCUAUGAUGGAGAACAGCCCCGUUUGGAGCUGUCGCUUUGCUUGACGCCCACUCCGGGCUGGGAGAAGGAGGACGACGACGAGGAGGAGGAGGAUCAGGAUCAGGAUCAGGAUCAGGAUCAGGAGAUGGGCGAGGGCUCAUCGGAGGAGCAGCAGAAGAAGGCGGUCAAGCCGAAGAAGAAGAAGAAGGAUGAAGGAGCCGUCGCGAACGGCGACGCCGAGGAGCCUUCGGUGGGUGGAUACGAGAUCUACAUGGCCGGCGACGACGAGGAUGAGGGCGAUGCAGCGAUCUACCGGUCCGCAGGCGCCGACGAUGACGAUGACGGCAUUCUCUUCAGCACUGCCGCCGGAUGGAACCGACUCAGCAUUGUGUUGCGGGACAGCGGCACCCUGAAGUUCGUCAAGUAUGUCAGUGAGGCUGCCAAGGGCGACCGUUGGGAUAUCACGGGUAACCUGGGGGUGGAGUUUGAGGAUAACGAUGACGAAGAUGAAGAUGAUGAAGAUGUGGAUGAUGAUGACGUUGAAGAAGAGGAGGAUGAAUGAACGAAACAUCCCCAAAACAGGAAAAAUGUCGUAUAUUUUCCCCUAUUGUACAUACUACGCGACGUGAUGAACCUCAAACAAAAUUUACACACAAAAAUAGACAUAGG